CCUCCGCCGCAAUCGGGAAUAAACCAGGGAAGGACUGAGCCAGGCACGCCAGAGCGAGCGGAGAGCUGUUCCCAAAGUAGCCCUGAUGGCGGCAGAUCAGAUGGAGCCAGAGCUGCCGCUAGAGUAGCAAAUACAACUAAGCCAGUGCAGAUGAUGUUCCAGAGAGGGAAAUUUAAUUGGACCUACAUACAAACAGUACACACGCAUAUUGUUGAGCUCCCAUAUGUCAAUAAUGACCUCAGCACACUCAUACUGCUACCAGAUGACAUCAGCAAUGACAUCACUGGCCUAGAAAUGCUAGAAACAGACUGGUCGUAUGAGACGUUAUCCAGAUGGACCAGCUCAGAAAUGAUGGAGAAAACUGAAGUGGAUGUGUAUCUGCCCAGGAUCAAAAUGGAAGAGAGUUAUGACCUCAAAUCUACUUUGAGCAGCAUGGGGGUGCGAGAUGCCUUCAGUUAGAAGUGAGCUGAUUUCAAAGGGAUGUCUG